UUCCGUGAUUAUGUUUACUAUCCAUAUUUGUUAAUGAUUUUUAUGUGUUUAAAAUAAAUAUCUAAUUCAAGUUUCAAAAGAUCUUUCUUUCUAUUCAGUGAUAUUCUUAUCGAAUUAAUUAAUAAUACAUUAGUUAUGAUGAAUGUAAAACAACCGGAAAUCUUGAAUACAAUGCAUCAUUAUGGUCCUACACGUAUACAAUGUUAUCUUUGUGAUUUACCACGUUAUCCAUGGGCAAUGUUAUCAGAAUUUAGUGAACCAGUAUGUCGUGGAUGUGUAAAUUAUGAAGGAGCUGAUCGAAUAGAAUGUGUUAUUAAUCGAGCUAAAUUAAUGAAAAUGCAUUAUUUACCACGUAUUUAUUCUCAAAGAAUUAUCAAUGAUAAAUUAGAUGAAUCUCAAUUGAAUAUACCCAUAACAACAACAGCAACAACAACAACAGUAGAUGAACGUAAUAAUACUUCUAUCAAUGAUUUAAAUAUAGAACAAAGUAAAUCUCCAUUGGAUUUAAACAAAAAUGUUUUAUUUAAAACACAAUUGAGUAAACAUUCUGAAAUCAAUCGAUUUAUUGAUUCACAUUAUUUAACUAAUAAUAAUGAUAAUCAGACAAAUGAUGAAAUUCAUAAAGAUUUAAACAUAUUAACAAGUAAUAAUAAUAAUAAUAAUAACAAUAAUAGUAUGAUCCAAACUGGAUCCGAAGUAAUAGUACCAUCUUCAACAUCAUCAACAAUUUCAAAUAAUAUACAAGAUGAAAAUUUAUUAAAUCAAUUAAAUGGAAAUCAAACUAAUCUUUCCAAUUAUGAUAAUCGUUUAAAAGAGAUUUUUAUGAAUCUAUUAAAAUAUUCAACAUAUCCAUCAUUAUUAAAUUCUAAUUCAUCAUUAUUAAGUAAUAUGAAUACAAAACCAAUUAUUUAUUUCAAUGAUUCUAUCGAUAAUUCUAAAUCAAUAAAUGAUAAUUCAAUAGAAAAUCAAUAUAAAUUCAAUCAUCCUAAUAAACGUGUUAUUAUAUCAUCACCUAAUGAUAUUUUAUUAAAUAAUUUAAUUCAUUCAUCAUUAUUAAAUAUUAAUACAACAAUGGAUAUAUCAAAUUCAAAUGAAGAGGAGAUAACAUCAUUAAAUACAAUGAAAUUAACUAAUAAUUCUAUUGAUUUAUCAAAUAUAGAACAAAAAACUCAUUUCAAUUCCGAUUUGACAUUACAAUCACCAUGGAAUCCUAAAUUAUUAACAACAUAUUUACAAAUUAUUAGUAAUCUUUUAAGAUCAAAUUCAUUACUAUUAACUAAUGAUGAUAAUGAAAUCUCAUUAACUAAUAACAUGAAUAAAUUCAAUGAUCAACAUAAAAUUCAUUCGGAUCAUACUUUGAAUUCAUCAGAACAAUUCAUGAAUUCAAUAUUCAAUGAUUCAUUAUUAUUCAAUGAAAAUAUAAAUAAUAAUGAAAAAUUAUCUAAAUUAAAUAUAAAUUUAAUACAAGCACAUUUAUUAAUUGCACAACAUUUAAAAUUACCAAUCUUAAUACGAUUACAUAAUCAACCAAUGAUUCAAGCUUAUUUUUUAGGAUUUAAUCAUAAUACCAUUUUAAAGGAUCAUAAUUAUUUACAACAAAAUAAUUUAAUAAAUAUGAUGUAUUUUGAAUAUCCUAUUGGUUCAUCUAAUAUAUGUAAUGGGUUUAAUCAAUUGAUUAAAUUAAUCGAUACAAAAUCUAUUCAUGAUAAUCAUAAUAAUCAGAUCAAUGAUAAUGGGGAAAUUCAUUUAACUAUUGAUCAAUUUGAAUAUGAAAUAGCUAGAGAUAAUAUGAAUCAAAUUAUAUGGGCACCAUUUAUUGAUUUAAUUUUAUUAAUUAUUCAAUUAAUAUCACAACCAUUUAUACAAAAACAUACAAAUAUUAUAACACAAUUAUUAUCGAAAGAUUUAUUAAAACAAAUGAAUAUAACAAAUGAUAUAAUAGAAGAUGAAUUCAAUAUAUCGAAAAAACGUAAAUCACAUUAUUAUACUACUGAUAAAAUUAUCAAUAAUCAAUUAUAUGAUAUAAGUAAUAAACAACCACGAAUUGAUAAUAGUUCUAUUACAUUAUCAUAUAAUGAAUUAAAUGGAAUUAAAAAUAAUGAUAUUGCUACUACUACUACUAAUAAUAAUAACAUAUUAACAGAUCCAUAUAAAAAAUGGAAACCAUUAAUACAACAUAGAAAAUCACCAAAUAAACGAAUAUUAUGUAAUUUAUGUCCACGUCAUUUAGAAGGUAGUCAUUUUGUACAAUGUCCAGCUAAUAGUGAACAUAGAUUUUGUUUUCAAUGUGCUAAAAUUUAUAUAGAAAAUAUAAUAAAUGAACAUCAAGUUCAUAAUAAUAAUCAUUCAACAAAUACAAAUAUAAAUAUGAGUUAUCAUAUGAAAAAUUUAGAAAUUUAUUGCCCUAGUGGUAAAAAAUGUGUAUUACCUGGUUCUAAAUAUCCAUGGUCAUUUGUUAGCUCAGAGAUUACUGCAAUAUUAGGUAAAACACCAUUCAUUAAUGAUCAAUUAUCUCGUUAUGAUCAAAUAGAGAAUAAUAGUAAUAUUUUAGAAAAUAAAUCAACUCAUCAUUUAUUCAAUGGUAAAAUGAAUACAAACUGCAAUAAGAAUACAAUAAAUAAUUGUCAAAUAGAAAUUAUUCCACGUAAUAGUAUAUCACAAUGUUCAUUGAAUAAUCAAUAUGAUAGUUCUGAUAUUUUAUCACCUCAAAAUGUAAUUUGUAAAACUUUAUCAGAAUCUCCAAUUAAAUCAUCAUCAAAUGAAACACAUUUAUUAUCUAGUAAUAAAUCAAUAAACGGAGUUCAUACACAAUUGAAUUAUAAUGAUACUAUUAAUAAUGAUAAUAAUAAUAAUAAUAAUCAAACGAAAUUAAUGAAAUCAUUUAAAGAUAAUCAUGUAAUAUGUGGAAAGUUGAGUCAUCAAAAACAUUCUACAUCAGCAUCAUCAUCUUCAUCUUCAUCAUCAUCAUCAUCAUCAUCAUCAUCAUCGUCGUCCCCGCCACCAUUAAUAUUGACGACGACGACAACAACAACAGCAACAACAACAACAGCAAUAACAACUUCAACGAACUUGUCUUCAACAUUAUCUUCAUCAUCAUUAUCAUCAUCAUCAUCAUCAUCAUCACCAUCAUCUCUCAUUAUUAAAUCAAAUGAAGUAAGGAAUAAACCUUCAUUGAAUACAGUAUUCACAACAAUAUCAACAACAAUCGGACAAAUAACAGAGAAUAAUACACUUAAAAGUAAUAAUGAAUUAUCAUCUACUGAACUUAAUAAUAUUUCAGAUGAUAAUGAUUAAUUUUAUUUCUAAUUUCUUUAUUAAAAAUCAUUUUAUUCUAUUCAUUAUUCAAAAUAUACAAUCAAAUUACAGAAUGAAUAGUAAUAUAUAUAUAUUAGUAGUAUUAGCAGUGAUAUAAGCAAGAUCUACAAUAAUCAUUAAAGAAUAAUAAUCUUGUUAAAUAAUAACCAUUUUGUUUAUUUAUAUUCAUUGUACAAAAUUGAAUUUGUUGAUUAUCUCUUAUUUCUCUUGUCUUAUAUUAUUUCUGGGAUGACUUUCUUGAGUAUUAUCUAAUAGAAUUACUUAUAUAUGAUAUAUGACAUAAUAAGUAGUUAUUAUUAUUA